GAGAAAGAGAAAAUGUUUUUCUCUCUUUUAAUUCAGUUUAUUUGUGAGAGAGAAAGAGUCAAAUUAUUAAUCCUUAAUUUGGUUUGAUUAAUUUUCCACCUUUGAUGGUUUAAAUUCACUGUUUUCAAUUGUUUCACUUUAAUUGUCUUCUUUUAUUUUGUUAAUUGUUCUUCACCUGAUUUUCUGUGAUUUAAUUAAAUUCUGUGAAUCCAAAUGUUUCCAUCUAAGAAUUAGAAUUGAUUCUCUUGAGUAUUUUCAUUUGUUUCUUUUUUGUUUUUGAAUCUGAAGAGAAUCUCUAUUAUUAUUUAUUCUUUUUCUUUUUUUUAAUGUUUAUUUUCUUUGCCCAAUUGAUGUUUUCUUUUAUUUUCUCCAUUGGUUUAUCAUCGCUAAUCUGAUAGAUAUUUUAUACUUUUCUUAAUUGUGAUCGUGAUUCAACUCUAAUCCUGUGAUAUAAUCAGAUUGGUUUUUCUAUUUUGAGAUUAUCCAUCAAGAUGGAUAAAUUCAAAGCGAGACAUAAAAAUGAGAAUAAAAAUUCUUAUACCAAUGGUCGUGAUCAUGGUUAUGCCUCAAUAGCUCAACUUCGAAAUUAUAACAAUAACAAUAUUUAUACUGCUAUUUUCGAUUAUAGUGCCUCAGGGCAAGAUGAACUUACUCUUCGUAAAGGUCAAAAAGUUCAGGUUUUAUCAAAAGAUGUCACAAUUUCUGGUGAUGAGGGCUGGUGGACUGGUAAAAUCGGCGAAAACGUCGGUAUAUUUCCAGCUGAAUUCGUUAAACCUCUCGCCUCUUCAAGCUCCUUGUUAUCACCUGAGAGGAAUAGCUGCUUAUCUGUUAUGAAUAUCAUUCGAUUCGAUGAGAUUGAGCUCAAGGAGGUUAUCGGCAUCGGAGGUUUCGGUAAAGUUCAUCGAGGUACUUAUGAGCAUAGAGAAGUUGCCGUCAAAGCGGCUCGUCGGGAGCAAGAUGAUGAUGCAAAAGUAGUCAUGGACAACGUUCUCCAAGAAGCAAAAUUAUUUCGUCUUUUAAAACAUCCAAAUAUCGUCUCAUUAAUCGGAGUUUGUUUAGAUGAACCGAAUCUCUGUUUGGUACUUGAAUACUGUCGAGGUGGACCAUUAAAUCGUGUUCUAGCUGGACGGAAGAUACCACCAGAUAUAAUUGUCGAUUGGGCGAUUCAGAUUGCAUCAGGAAUGGAUUAUCUUCAUUGUAAAGCUCCGAUUCCAUUAAUACACCGAGAUUUAAAGUCAGGCAAUGUUCUCCUUAAUGAAACAAUUGUGGAUCAAUAUUGGAGAGGAAAAGAAUUGAAAAUCACCGAUUUUGGACUUGCUCGUGAAAUUUACAAAACAUCUCGUAUGUCACAGGCUGGAACCUAUGCUUGGAUGGCACCCGAAGUAAUUAAAACAUCAACAUUUUCUAAAUCUAGUGAUGUCUGGAGUUUUGGUGUAGUCCUUUGGGAACUAUUAACAGGAGAAGUUCCUUACAGAGGAAUCGAUCCUCUGGCCGUAGCCUACGGAGUAGCGAUUAAUAAACUCACCCUACACAUACCAUCAACUUGUCCAAAAGCAUUUAGUGAUCUUCUCAAGCUUUGCUGGAAUACGGAUUCACAUUCUAGGCCAAGUUUUGGGGAUAUUUUAAAUCAGCUGGAAAGCAUAUCAAAAUCUCAGUUUACUGUAACAACUCAAGAAUCAUUUGAUGAACUUCAGGAUAGCUGGAAAAAUGAAAUCAAAGAGAUUUUAGAACAAUUAAAGUGCAAAGAAAAAGAACUACGAAAUCGUGAAGAAGAAAUAUCGAAAGCAAUAACUCGGCAGAAAAUUCAAGAUGAGCAACUUCGUCAGCGAGAAAAGGAGAUUCGUGAACGAGAAUUUCAAUUAUUGGAAAGAGAGUUAAAUAUCAUCAUUGCUACGCAACAAUUACCUGUACCGACACGAAGGAAAGGAAAAUUUGCCGAGAAAAAGUUGAUAAAACUGUUGAAAUCUUCCGGUGCUGGGCAGCAUGCGUUUAUCAGCACCCCGAGUGAUUUCAGACACAACAUAACAGUCCAACCUGAACACCCUUCACCUUAUCGUUUACAAUGUUCACCCUCUAGCCCGGAAUCACCUCCUUCAUCUCCCUCAGUUCUUAGACUCAGAGCUUAUGCUCUUCCCCAAAGUGGACCUAAAGGAAAAACAUGGGGACCAAGUAGUUGCCAUCAAAAAGAACGGGUCACUUUACAUCCGCAUAAAGUUUUCGUUGAUCAAUCCGCUCAAAUAAAAGGUUCAAAAAGUGCACCAAAUCUGGAUAAAUCUAGAAUACUUGUCACUCCGUCAAGGAUAUCAUCUGAUGACUCGAGCGAAGGCUGUAAUGUUGGCACUUAUACAAAUGAAACAAAUUAUCAUCGUUCAGAUAAAAAGUCCAAAAAAAGCUCCUUUAUUAAAGCUGGGAUAAAAUUGGCUGGUUCAAUUGGAUUGGAUUUACGAUCUCGUAUUUUUGAUAAGAAAGGUGGAAACUCACCAAUCGAGUCUCGAAAUGAUCACCAUGGUAUCUAUGAUAGGAAGGGUUCAUCUAAUGGAACCAGUGUCGGUGGAAUCUACGCUAAACAUGCAACGUACCAUGGAACAACAAAAAAUUCAUUACGACCUUCGUUGAUGACAACAUUAAACGCUUAUGCUGAUAAUAAUGAACGGAUAACCAGUAAUGGAUCGAACGAUGUUGAUUGUGCCAAUAAUUACAUCCAAGUGACCAAGAAUAGUGAUCUCAAAAAUAACCCGAACUCCUCUUACAAUAUUACCUUUGAUAGACGUAAAUCAUCAACUACAAGUACUGACAGUGAUUUUCUAGCUCAAAGUCAUGCUCCAUCUCCAAGAAUAUACAGAUCCUACCAUCGAACCUCGUCUAGUGCUUCAAUCAGUUCAUCCUCUGUGAAUCCAUCUUUCGAUCCUGGUGAAGGUGAUUGUGUCGAUGUGAUCAAUCCGAACACGGUAACUUUCAAUCUAGUUACUAGCCAAGGACUUCAAAGACCAACGACAUUAAAUUUAACCAACUCAUCAAUUCAACCCAACGAACGAAACCAUCAUCAUCACUGUGAUUGUCAUAAAUCAUCCUCAUGCUCACCAUCAACUCCCAUCUCCCAGACCAGUCAAUGUAUUGAUAGUUACAAUACUCCCUCGGGCUCAUCAUCACCUCACAAGACUGUUUGGUUCAAAAUUAAAGAUCCUAAAGUCACUCUAUUGGAUAUUCCCACUGAAGGUCAAUCUCAAGACGGAACAGUUCCUUUGGCCGCUUUACUUUCGGAAGAAAAAACCAAAACAAGCUCCUUAUGACUCUCUUACUAGAAGUCACAAUUUACCCACAAACGACAAUUAAUUAUAAAUUUGAAGCAAAAUAAUUAUCACAAUUACCAAGUCACAAAAUUCAAAGGCAACUAAUAAUUAAUCCGAUGUCAAUUUCAUCUUAUACAAACUACUCUAAGUGUCAGAUAAACAUAAACAUGAGGCGAUUUAACUUAAAUUUAACUACAAUUAGUUUUAACAAUGAUGAUGAUUUGCAAAUCAUUAAUUUGAUUCAACUAUUAAGCUACUAUUUUCAUACUAAUUUUAUUGAUACCAAUUUAAUUUGAUUGAUAAACUCAAAUUAUCAAGUAUCUAAAAGAUUCAGUCAUAUUUAAUUAUUCAACAGUCAAUUUAACCUAAUUAGUUAAUCACACACAAUUAGUUUUGAUAACUUUCACAAUUGAAACAAAAAAAUUAUUUUACUAACAAUUAUUAUCAUUAAUGAUUCUGCAAAUCAAUUAUCAUCUUAUAUUUUUCAAUCACUAUCUAAAUUUUUCAAUUGUAAACCGUCCGGAGAAAUGUAAUCUACAAUUUAUAGAUUAUUUUUAAAUUAUUAUGAAAUGAUUAACUAAUUGUAGAAAUGAUUCUACAAGAAAACAAUCAGAUCAUAUAUUUACACUUCUCCUAACGGUAAAUUUAUAUUUAUACACUUUACUAACUUAAUGCAUUUCAAUUGACUGAUCAACAAAAUUUUCUUACCCCACAACUAUAUUUAAAUCCGGUUAACUAUCAAUUGCUGUGUUUAAUUUUUUUGUCAAUUUUUAAUUAUUUACGUUUGUUUCUCAAUCUCUUAGCAAUCAAAAUAGAUUCUACUUGAAUAUGUAAUUAAGUUAAUUGAUGUAAUCAGCUCAUCACCUUUUCAUUGUCAUUCAGAUUAUUUCCUCCUCUGAUUUUAAUUGUUUUGUUAAUUUCGAAUCAAAAUCUAUCUUAAUUGUUCAUCUUUCGUUUACACCAAAUUGUUUUUUUUUGUUUUCUCUGCUCAUUUUCCCCUUUCCAUUCCAAAUCGCAAUCAAUGUGUAAUCAGCAAUUGAAUUUUAAUCAAUGACAAUCAACAAAUUGCCAACUUAAAACCCAUUCCAAUGAUUCUAGUUUCUCUUUUUAAUCGCAUUUAAAAGUUUUAAUUUUCUUUUCUAAUUAUGUUAUUUUCUCUCUCUCUCAACCAUCAUCAUUUCAUCUGCAUAUUCAUCAAUCGAUUACCGAUAAUCAACUAAUUAUUUUCACUGAUUUUCCUUAAUUUUUGUUUUCUUUUAAUGUGAUAUUUUCCCCUGACUAACUUGAAGUAAAUUCAUGAUUCUGAUCAUCGACUCUUCAACUAAUCAACAAGUAAUUCAACUUUUAUUUAAUGUAAAUCGAGUCAAAAUAAAGAAAAUGCAAGUUCACAAUUUGUAAA